CGUCGUCUGACGUUCACACUUUAACCCCACCAACAAUCUAGCAGUAGGCACUUGACUGUGUUGUUGGUUUGUUCCGCAAUGCGAUUGGGCGCAAGGUGUGUGUUUUGAAAACGGAUUUUUACCUUUGAUUGCAUCGCUGGAAGUUAACACAAUUUAUCAUCUGACUAUCAUUACCAACACAAGGUUUUGAGUAGCUAAAAUCCUACAUCUGUAUGAUAGUUCACGAUUAGUUUUUAAUAGUAAAUACAGGUGAUCAGUGUUUACAUGCAUGAUUACCUAAUUUUAUUCUGAACUGAAAAUUUAUUCUUUAAAUACAUUGAACCUUAUAGCUGUAAACAUUGCGGUUAGCGUAAAUUUUAUUUUUAUCUAAUUGUAAGAGGUUUGGCACGAUUUCAAGCUCAUGUAGCCUAAUUUGGCACCUGUAGUUCUUUUUUAUACCAUCUUAAAUUGUUCUCUAUCUAAACAAAGUCGUGCUAUUAAUGUGCAAAUAAACAGGUACUCGGUUUAAUUUGAACUCCGUAACUCAGGCAAGUUUAAUGUCUUUGCUGCUGUUUACACAUUGUAAAAAUGUGAUACAAAUAAGCUGUUUUUAAUAAUAUCUCUGUUUAUAUAUAUAUAAUGGAUAAACUCAUCUUUGGAUAACUACAAAUGGAGCCAAAUAUUCGUAAUAAGGAUUUAUCAUCGAUGGUUAAAAGCCACGGAUUUUUCCGCUGUUGGAAUUGGAACAGCAAAAUAUCGUUUGGCAUUUCUGCAAACUCAUUAUUUUGUGCCUCUAAUGAUGUGAAAAACAAUUUUUUACGUAUGAAGAUUGUGGACGAUUUUUUAAGAAAAUCAGGGAAAAUGUUACUAUGCUUAUUCAUACUAUUUCUGCAUGGUCCUGGCCUAGUCAACUGUGAUACGUGUACCUUUCCGAACCGAUGGUCGGGUAGUUGGUUUCAGAAAGGUAGUCCCGAUCCCAUCCGAGUGUUUAAUGGCACAAUAUCUUCUAAAGGAGUUUGCAGGAAUAACGAAGGAGAUAAAUUUCUAAUAGAAAAUACGUACGAAAAUUGCUUCAGGUGUGUUGUUUUGCAUGAAAAGCAUAUGAAUGUACUGCAGUAUAAGGAAAGUCAUUGCUCUAAUGAUCCACAGCUACAGAGUAUAGAUUCCUUAUGUGCUGAAAUAAAUGGAGACGCUCUUCUUUAUUCAAUGUUCAGGCUUAACACACCGGCUGUGCCCUGUCCUUUCAAAGGCACAUACGUCUUCAGCUACAGCAGAGGACACGGAGAAUGUGCCUACCCGGCGUCUACUGUAGAUUCCUGCACAGACGAUUCUCAUUUACUGCUCAGGUUUCAAGCCUGUGCCGAUGUUCUAGGAUCAGAAAGUAGAACUGAAGAACUAGUGUGUUUGGCAACGUGGAAAGAGGGAUCGACGCGCUACCUGGUGGGCAAACUGGAACACCGGGUGGCCAAAGCGGAUGAAGAUAAAUUCAGAUGCUUCGUAUACGAACAGACUGAAGAUGCUACCGGAUACAUGGUUGCACAAUCAGGUGAUGCUACAUGUGACGGCCUUUUUACUCCUCAAGAAGGCUCGAGAACUAUGCGUUUGACGAAAGCUAAUCAUCCUCAUGCCAAAUGUCAUUACCCGGAUUGGUUUACUGUUUACCGACAUUUUCGAGGUUUAGAUGGACGUUUGGCUUAUGACAUUAGUCACAAGAAUGGAUCAUUUCGAGUGUCCAAUGCAACCACUGGUGAUGUUGUCAAAAGAGUAGUUUGCACACAAGAUGCAUCUCCACAUCACCACUCUCCUACCAGUACUACAGCUCCAUCUGUCGGUGGAACAUUCGCUCAAUUUGUUGUUCACGUCACUUCUGGAUGCAACAGUGGUUAUGCUUGUUUACGGAUUCACAAGCGGGCUCCUCAUGUUGUGGAACUACAAACAACAAGUAACUUGUCUCCCCUAGCAUCUGACGCGUGCCUUGGUACCAAUUUUGAGCUCAACCCAUCUGAAAUAGUAACUUUAACCACGCAAUCAUAUGGAUCACUGGAAUGUCCAAUAGCUGGUAUUUACUCUUUGGAGGGAAAUUUCAUUCAUUUGUCUCGCUUGGUUUCACUGGAUUCGGAAGAUUUUUCUACUUGUGUUGGUACAACUACAUUGACAUCGGGAUGUUCAGCUGUUGACAAAAUGGAACUUCACCAGGACUGUUCAACUGACAAGAGAUAUCAAUCUUUCCAAUGCCGUGGAAGUUGGGAAGAAAAUGGCUUGAAAUAUGUUAUUGCUACUGCUGUGGGAACUCGGAAACAUCUCUGCCUAGCUUAUGCAAUGAGUGAAAGAACAAUACAGUUUUCAGGCAGUAUGGAACAGUGUCUAAGAAAUAUCCAGGUUGGAAGAGAAGGUUUAAUUGCUAUCAAUGGAACAAAUAAAGGAUUUUGCCCAAGAGCCAGCAGUGCUCGCAGCUCCAUGCAUUACAGUCUGUCUAUGACAUUCUUGAAUGUCAUCACGAUUGUUUUUGUGACAGCAUUCAUCUUGCGGUGAUCUUCAACAUUACUGUAAAUGUUUUACUUUUGACAACAAAACCACACCACAAAACUAUACAAUCGAAGACAAACAAUAAGCAACCUCAUUGUCAUGGAACUGAACUAUGUGAAGGUUGAUAUCCAGAGAUAGUGACUCUUUCAUUUUAAAAACAAAUCCGAUUUCUUUGCUCAGAAUGCUAAGGCCUUCAGACUUUGGUGAAAACUGAAACUGAAUAAAUUUUUAUUUAGUAGGAUAAAUUCCCAUAAGUUUAAUAUUUGUUAUAUAACUAUUAAGGAUAUAAAUAUAUAUAUAUAUAUAAAUGAAGACUACUUUUUCUCUUUGUUGUGUUAUGAAGUGACAUUAUUAUACAAAGCCUUGGUGUCAUAUCUCAAACUAUGUUGUUAUAUAACACAAUUCCAAUGAUGAUCGCCAUUUUUGUGUCUGUUGGAGCCGGAUGCGAUUUUUUUUUCUUUAGUGUGUUUCUUAUAUUGGAUGAGUCAACUUGGCCAGGACAAUCAUUGCUUUGCCUUUUGUUGUGUUGUUUAAAAAGCCAUUUUUGUUGUAUUUUAGAGUUAUUGGUUUGAUUGUAGAAAUUUGUGUUUUAUGAUGAUCUGUAUAAAAUGUGAAUAUUUU